AUGGAGCUGGCUCAGGGGCCAGUGACUUUUGAGGAGGUGGCUGUGUAUUUCACCAGGGAAGAGGGGGCUCUGCUGGACCCCACUCAGAGAGCCCUCUACAGGGAUGUCAUGCAGGAGAACUAUGAGACGGUGGUCUUGCUGGGUGAUGAGAUGGUGAGUGAGAAUGAGGAGGAGAAACCCCAGCAGGAAGAUGCUGAGCAAGUGGAACCACAUGGAACGUUAUCAGGAAGAUCCAAAGGGAAUGUUUCCGGGAGUUGUGCACUCCGAGAAAAAGCAAAAGCCUGUGAGACUCAGCAGAUGCCAGAGGAAAACUUCAGUAGCCACUCAGACCUUAUUACACGUGACAAAAUCAACUUGGAAGGGAGACGCUACACAUGCCAUGAGUGUGGGAAAAGCUUCAGUUGGAACUCUGCCCUUAUCACACAUUGGAGAACCCACACUGGAGAGAAGCCCUACACAUCCUCUGAGUGUGGGAAAAGCUUUAGUCAGUGUUCAAACCUUAUCACACAUGAGAGAAUCCACACAGGAGAGAUGCCCUACACAUGCUCUGAGUGCGGGAAAAGCUUUAAUUGGAGCUCACACCUUAUCACACAUGAGAGUAUCCACACAGGAGAGAAGCCCUACAUGUGCUCUGAGUGCGGGAAAAGCUUUAGUCAGCACUCAACCCUUAUCACACAUCAGAGAAUCCACACAGGAGAGAUGCCCUACAUGUGCUCUGAGUGCGGGAAAAGCUUCAUUGAUAGUUCAAGCCUCAUCUCACAUGAGCGAAUCCACACAGGAGAGACACCCUACACAUGCUCUGAGUGUGGGAAAAGCUUUAAUCACAGCUCUACCCUGAGCAAACAUAGGAGAAUCCACACGGGAGAGAAGCCCUACACGUGCUCUGAGUGCGGGAAAAGCUUUAAUCGGAGCUCACACCUUAUCACACAUGAGAGAAUCCACACAGGAGAGAAGCCCUACACGUGCUCUGAGUGUGGGAAAAGCUUUGGUCAUCACUCAACCCUUAUCACACAUCAGAGAAUCCACACAGGAGAGAUGCCCUAUACAUGCUCUGAAUGCGGGAAAAGCUUCAUUGAUAGUUCAAGCCUCAUCUCACAUCAGCGAAUCCACACAGGGGAGACGCCCUACACAUGCUCUGAGUGUGGGAAAAGCUUCAGCGGGCGCUCACACCUUAUCAGACAUCAGAGAAUCCACACAGGAGAGAUGCCCUACACAUGCUCUGAGUGCGGGAAAAGCUUCAAUCGGAGCUCUAACCUUAUCACGCAUCAGAGAAUCCACACAGGAGAGAGACCCUACACAUGCUCUGAGUGUGGGAAAAGUUUAAAUAGGACCUCAAACCUUAUUACGCAUCAGAGAAUCCACACAGGAGAGAGACCCUACACAUGCUCUGAGUGCGGGAAAAGCUUCAAUCGGAGCUCAAACCUUAUCACGCAUCAGAGAAUCCACACAGGAGAGAGACCCUACACAUGCGCUGAGUGUGGGAAAAGCUUCAAUCGGAGCUCAAACCUUAUUACGCAUCAGAGAGUCCACACCGGAGAGUAG